AUGAGAAAUACUGUGAAAUACUGUGAAGACAGUGAUUACAGGCAGAAAAAGAUUGAGAACAUCAGAACGAAAUACUGUGAAGACAGUGUUUACAGGCAGAAAAAGAUUGAGAACAUCAGAACGAAAUACUGUGAAGACAGUGUUUACAGGCAGAAAAAGAUUGAGAACAUCAGAACGAAAUACUGUGAAGACAGUGAUUACAGGCAGAAAAAGAUUGAGAACAUCAGAACGAAAUACUGUGACAGAAUGAGUAUAAUACAAAAAAGAGCUGAAAUGUCUGCAAAACAGAAGGACAGACAGAAAGAUAUCGAUUUCACUAUUAAUCAGUUUCAUCAAGAAGUCAGUACAGGCCCAGAAUUUGUUUGCAGUGUUUGUCAUCGUUUAUUGUUCAGAAAACAGGUUAUUGAAUGUAAAAGAGAUUGCUAUAAAAUCAGAGGUCAACAAAUUACAGAUUUGGCUGAAAGAUGUAUUACAAAAUAUUUACACAUAUGCAAUACUGAAUGUGAAAAUAGAUGCCAGUUAUCAGGUAAUCCAGCUUGUAAAUUGUGGAUUUGCUAUACAUGCCAUCGUAAAAUUCUGGGUGGAAGAUUGCCUGAAGAGAGUAUUGCCAACAACAUGCAUUUGGUGGACAUUCCAAAAGAACUAAAAGGUCUAAACUCAUUGGAGGAACAUCUUAUUGCACGCAAUAUUUCCUUUAUGAAGUUGCUUUGUCUUCCACGUGGAAAACAGAAAGGCUGUCAUGGGCCGGUUGUUUCUAUUCCUGUUAAUACUGCAGUUGUCUCAAAUAUUCUUCCACGUAAUGAAUGUGAUGAUCAAAUGAUAAAAAUAAAACUGAAACGGAAAUUGACAUAUAAAGGCCAUUAUGAAUAUAAAUAUGUCAGCACUGAUCGUGUCAGACAUGCACUGUCUUAUUUGGUGAGACAUAAUAAGUGGUAUAAUGAUGUGGAGUUUAAUGAGCAGUGGAUAAACUCUUUGAAUGCAGCUGAUGAAGUUGAGAAUUGUGAUGAUGAUUUUGAAAUGGAGGAACAAGAUGUAACAGACAAAAAUGAAGAUGAGAAAGUAGUUAAAGAUGAUCCAGAGGAAGACAUAACAUAUAUUAAAGAACAAAGUGGUCUUUUGUCAGAUACAUCGCUGCAACCUGUUGAUCUGGGUUCAGAAAUAAUUGAUCAACAUUUUCAUGAUGUGCUAAAUGUUGCACCAGGUGAAGGUAACAGUCCUAUUAGACUGCUAUCUGAUAAAUCCAAUGAGGCAAAGUGUUUCCCUGUUCUCUAUCCUACUGGUGGCCCAACAUUUCAUGAUGAAAGACAGGAAAAAAUCACAUUGUCACGAUACUUGAAUGCAAGAAUACUAAAUGCAGAUGGACGUUUUGCACAGAACACAGACUUCCUUUUUUAUGCGCAAUAUAUAUCAGAACUCGAUCAAAUUGUAUCCAAUGUCUCAAUUGCACUGAGGAAAGGCUCUGAGAAAAAUUGCUUAAAAGUAACAGCAGAUAUGCUAACAAACUCUGAUUCCUUGCAAAGAAUAUUAAAUUAUGAUGAAGGAUAUAAGUUCUUAAGACCAGUGAGAGGGACCCCUCCCUAUUGGAUGUCUACGCAAAAAGAUCUGUUUGCCCUGAUCAGACAACUAGGCAUACCGACUUUCUUUGCAUCUUUUAGUUCUGCUGAUCUGAGAUGGCCUGAAAUGAUGAAGACUUUUAUUAAGCAAGAAGGGAAACAAAUAAAUGUUGAUGAGCUUGACUGGUCUGAAAAAUGUGGACUCAUAAGACGAAAUCCUGUAACUGCAGCAAGGAUGUUUGAUCACAGAUGGCAUUGUUUUCUUAAAAAUGUCAUAAUGUCACCAGCAAAGCCUAUUGGCAAGAUAAAAGACUACUUUUAUCGUGUUGAAUUUCAACAACGUGGUUCUCCUCAUGUUCACUGUCUGUUUUGGGUGGAAAAUGCUCCGAAGCUCAAUGAUCAUGAUGCAGACAAUGAUGCUCUGGUUGCUGACUUUAUUGACACAUAUAUCACUUGUGAGAUACCACCAGAAAAUGACACUGUACUUUACGAAACAGUGAACACUGUUCAGAAGCACAGUACAAGACAUUCAAAAACAUGUCGGAAGAAAAAUACAGUUUGUAGAUUUAAUUUUCCAAGACCACCAUCUAGUCUGACUUUCAUUACAAGAGGAAACAAUGCAGAUGAGUUGAAAGGCAACAGUGAAGAUACCACAGCAAGUGCAAUUAUAAAGAAAGUAGAAAACCGCUUUAAAUUUUUGCCAUUUAUUGGGAUUAAUCAAACUAUGUUUGAAAAAGCAUACAAUGAAUGUUCUAAAAAGAAAAGUAUUGUCUUGAAAAGAAAUCCAAAAGAUGUUUGGAUAAAUCAGUAUAACAAAGAUUUACUGCGUGCUUGGCAAGGGAAUAUGGAUAUUCAGUAUGUUACAGAUGCUUUUUCUGUAGUGGUCUACAUACUUAGUUACAUUACAAAAGCUGAACAAGAAAUGGGACUUCUGCUUCAACGUGCACAAAAUGAAGCUAUGAAUGGAAAUCUUGAUGCUAAAGCAUCAUUAAAACAGUUGGGAACCAUCUAUCUGCACAACAGAGAAAUUUCUGCUCAAGAGGCAGUGUACAGGCUGACAGGCAUGCAUUUGAAGGAAUGUUCCCGUAAAGUACAAUUUAUUCCAAUAGGACAAAAUCCUAUAAAGAUGAGUUUGCCUUUGCAUAUGCUCCAAAACAAAGUGGAAAAUGACCAGUCAGAUGAUGAAAACAAUUUUUGGAUGACAAGUGUCAUUGACAGGUACAAGAACAGACCAGAGAAAGAACCUCUAGAUAAUCUGUGUCUUGCCAGUUUUUGUUCUGAGUACAGAGUUCUGACAAAAUCAGAGGUUUCCUCACAAAACAAAACAGCAGAAAAUGAAAUGAUUAAACUCAAUAACAACAAUGGCCAUGUAAAGCGGAGGACACGCACUGAACCUGCAGUAGUGAGGUAUCCAAGGUUUUCCCCCACAAAAGAUCCAGAAAAAUAUUAUCAUUCAUUGUUGCAGCUUUUCUUACCACAUUAUGAUGACUCUGAUCUGAAGCCUAGCAAGUAUGACACAGAUGAGGAGUUUUACAUCAGUGGUGUCAUAAAGAUUGGUUUUGAAGUGAAACAAGUCAAAUUAAUUGUUGAUGGCAACAGAGCAUUGUUUGAAAAGGAAAGUGAUAAAAUAGAACAAGCUAAACAGCUUUUGGAGCAGGAUAUUGAUUUAGAAGAUGCCUGGGCCCAGAUAUGUCCUGAAACCGAAAAACAGCGUGAUGAAUGCAUAGAACUGAUGAAGGAUAAAUUAUUGGUCGAUGAAGAUGACAGUCAAGAACUUAUUCCAGAUCUUAUAGCUAACCCUCAAACUGUGUGUACCAUUGAAACAAACCACACUAUGAUGCCUAGAGAUGAGGCAUUGAAUUUACUAAGAUCAUUAAACGAGGAACAAUCUGCUGUGUUCUACAAAGUGCAAAAGUGGUGUCUACAGAAAGUACUUGGACAAAACCCUGAACCAUUUCGAUUAUUUCUUACUGGUGGAGCAGGUACAGGAAAAAGUCAUCUAAUUAAAGCAAUUCAAUAUGAAUCGUGCAGACUUUUAUCUCAGCUUUCUGAUAAUCCUGAUGACAUUACUGUACUUCUGACAGCUUCAACUGGAGUUGCUAGCUUUGGCAUUGGAGGGGGAACAAUACAUAAUAAACUUGCAAUUGGUGCAAAUGUCAGACUGCCAUAUCAGCCUCUUAGCGAUGACAAAAUAAACUCAUUACGCACAAAAAAAUUUUUGGCUAAAGUUGUUCGACAACAAGAUCCAAGUUUUGCUGAAAUGUUAAAUCGGCUGAGAGUACAUAAGAAAAAGGAAUGUCUUUCAACUAAUGACAUUGCUAUGUUAAAACAAUGUGAAACUGGAGAGAAGUGUAAUGAUAUUCACAUAUUUGCUACAAAUGCUGAAGUUGAUAAAUAUAAUUUUGAAAGGCUACAUGAAUGUUGCCCAGAGGCAAUCAGUAUAAAUGCUAAAUCUUAUGUCAAAAAUUCAAAAACUGGACGAAUGGAACGUAAAGUUGGAUUUCAUACGAAAGUUUUCAACUCAUCUUUGUCUAAAUGUGUUUCCCUUGGUAUUGGAGCAAGGGUUAUGCUAAAAAAAAAUAUUGAUGUUGCUGACGGUCUGGUCAAUGGAGCGUUUGGUACAGUUGUCUACUACAUAACUGAAAGUCAAAGCAAUGAUGAUGAUUUUCCAUCAGCUAUACAUGUGGAGUUUGAUGAUCCAAAUGUCGGUAAAAUUCAGAGAUCUAAAAACCCCCAGAGAUUUUCCCAAAAUUCAACAGUAAUUGAAGUACAAGAAGAUCAAGUCACAAAUGAUGGUGGUAUAAGACGUCAGUUUCCUCUCAGAUUGGCAGGGUGCACAGUUCAUAAAGUGCAAGGACUCACAGUAGACAGAGCUGUUGUAUCACUUAAGAAAAUCUUUACAGCAGGGCAAGCAUAUGUUGCAUUGAGCCGAGUAAGAUCUCUUAGUGGAUUAAUAAUUGAGGACUUUAAAGAGUCUGCCAUAUUUUGUAAUGACAAAAUUGAGUUGGCUAUGAAAGAUAUGCCAAAAUUGUCUAUGGAAAAGGACAGUUUCACUGAAUCACUUGGUCUACAGUCAGGUAAGCUUUCUCUUACAGGUUCUUCUGGACUCUUCUCUGAAAACCUACAGUUCUGGGCCUAUGAACAGUUUGCUUCGGCCGCUGCUCAGGCCUUUCUGCUUGCAAAAACCCACAGGGCAGCAACAAGUCUUGAUGUAAAGUUCUUAGAGGACCGCUUUGCCCCACUGGUCGGACAGUGUACAUUAAUGAAGGAGAUCGGGAAGACCAUGCUCAAUCUCGUGCUGAAACUCAUUUGGCAAGGCAUCAACACAAUGAGUGAGGGACUCAACCAAUGGGACAGAAGGGUGUGCCAGACCAGGGCCUUUGAGAAAACCAAUCACCUCAUGCCUCUCACAAAUGGCUUUCACAACAUCUGCCACGAGAACAUCAGACCCAUUCCCAGGCUCCGCAAGGUGGUGGAGUGUAAACUGCUUGAUCCGUUCUCUUUCCUUCUGAGAGAUUAG